AUGGCAGGAGAUCAGGCGCAAUUCUACCAGUUACUAAAUACUUUAUUAUCAACAGAUAAUGUCAUCAGAUCCCAAGCAGAGGAUGCGUAUAACAGUAUUCCUACUGAAACGAAGGUGAUUCACUUGGUGGGUGCUAUCCAAAAUGUCGCUGUUGGGGAAGAGGGACGACAGACAGCCGCUGUACUGUUGCGGCGGUUGUUCAGUGCUGAGUUCUUUGAAUUCUUCCCAAAGCUGCCGUUUGAUCAACAAGCAGCACUCCGAGAACAACUUCUCCUCACACUGCAGUUGGAUGUCAGCCAACAGUUGCGACGUAAGAUCUGUGACGUAGUGUCAGAAUUGGCAAGAAACCACAUAGACGACGAUGGCGUCAACCAAUGGCCAGAAUUUCUGCAGUUUAUGUUUAAUUGUGCUGGUGCAAUGGAUCCCAACAUACAAGAAGCGGGUAUUAGAAUGUUUACGUCAGUGCCUGGUGUGUUUGGGCAUCGUCAGAAUGAAAAUCUACCUGUGAUAAAGCGCAUGUUACUGUCUGGACUCCAGUCCAACUCUGAAAUUCUUCGCACUCAAGCUGUAAAAGCUGUUGGUGCGUUCAUACUUCUACAUGACAAGGAGCCUGCCAUACAAAAACAUUUCACUGAUAUACUUAUUCCAUUGAUGCAGGUUAUUGUCCAAUCGAUUGAGAAAAGCGAUGACGAUUCAUCAUUGAAGGUGCUUAUCGAAUUAGCGGAAUCUGCACCUCAGUUUUUGCGACCCCAACUCGAGCCUCUUUUCCACGUGUGCAUAAAGAUCGUAGGAGAUAAAGACGCAGAAGAUAACUGGCGUCAGCUGGCUCUAGAAGCGAUGGUGACGUUGUGCGAGACGGCGCCAGCCAUGGUACGCAAGAGGGUGCCCAACGGUGUGCGCACGCUCACGCCGCUCGUGCUCGACAUGAUGUGCGAGCUCGAGGACGAACCUGACUGGUCUCUUAAAGACGACGCCGCCGAAGAUGACAACGAACAAAAUUAUGUAGCUGCUGAAUCCGCUCUAGACCGUAUGUGCUGCGGCUUGGGAGGCAAGAUAAUGUUGAAUUUAAUUGUUGGGCAAGUGCCUGAAAUGUUACAUUCGGAAGACUGGAAGCGUCGCCACGCCGCUCUAAUGGCCGUCUCUUCUGCUGGGGAAGGCUGUCAUAAGCAAAUGGAACAGAUGCUUGAUCAAGUGGUCUCUGCUGUUUUAAAUUAUCUUACUGAUCCUCAUCCUCGCGUCCGAUACGCCGCAUGUAACGCUGUGGGACAGAUGUCAACGGAUUUCGCUCCCAUUUUUGAAAAGAAGUUUCAUGACAAAGUUGUACCUGGUCUCUUAAUGGUGCUUGAUGACAAUGCUAAUCCUCGUGUACAGGCACAUGCAGCAGCUGCUUUAGUAAACUUCAGUGAAGAUUGUCCUAAACCAAUCCUCACCCAGUACCUCGAUCCUUUGAUGAACAAGCUUGAGGUUAUCUUGACCACAAAAUUCAAAGAGCUGGUUGAACAAGGCACAAAGCUUGUGCUAGAACAAAUUGUGACAACUAUAGCCUCAGUGGCUGACACUGUAGAGAAAGACUUUCUUAUAUAUUAUGACCGCUUGAUGCCUUGCCUCAAGUACAUUAUUGCCAAUGCUACUACUGAUGACUUGAAGAUGCUUCGUGGGAAAACCAUCGAAUGUGUCAGUCUUAUUGGGUUGGCUGUUGGUGAAGAAAAAUUUACAUCAGAUGCUUCUGAAGUGAUGGAUUUACUUCUGAAAACCCACACAGCAGGAGAACAAUUACCUGCUGAUGACCCACAGACUUCAUAUCUAAUAUCUGCCUGGUCACGUAUUUGUAGAAUUAUGGGCAAAAAAUUUGCGCAAUACUUGCCUAUGGUGAUGGAACCUGUGAUGCGCACAGCCGCAAUGAAGCCUGAAGUUGCGUUGUUGGACAAUGACGACUUGGAAACAAUUGAGGGUGAUUUGGACUGGCACUUUGUUACUCUUGGUGAACAACAAAAUUUCGGCAUUAAAACUGCUGGUCUUGAAGACAAAGCAUCAGCAUGCGACAUGCUAGUGUGCUACGCUCGUGAACUUAAAGAAGAAUUCGCCGAAUACGCUGAAGACGUAGUUAAACUGAUGGUGCCGAUGCUGAAGUUUUAUUUCCACGACAAUGUCCGCACGGCUGCAGCGGAAUCCCUGCCGUACUUGUUGGAGUGCGCUCGGAUCCGUGGCCCACAGUAUAUCCAAGGCAUGUGGGCCUAUAUCCUGCCUGAACUGCUUAAGGCAGUUGACUCUGAGCCUGAGCAAGAAGUGCAGGUUGAACUUCUUAACAGUCUCGCCAAGUGCAUUGAAUUGCUUGGUGCUGGUUGUCUGUCCGAUGAGAUGAUGGCUGAAGUAUUAAGGAUACUAAACAAACUACUGACGGAGCAUUUCGAACGAGCCACUGAACGCCGUCAAAAACGUGCUGACGAGGACUAUGAUGAGGUUGUUGAGGAGCAACUAGCUGAUGAAGACAACGAAGAUGUAUACGGUCUAUCACGUGUUGCUGACGUUUUACACUCUCUUAUGUCAGCUUACAGAGAGAGCUUUUUCCCACAUCUCGACAGUUUGUUGCCGCAUCUCGUUCAAUUAUUGGCUCCAGGACGCCCAUACUCAGACCGUCAAUGGGCAAUAUGUAUAUUCGACGAUGUAAUUGAAUAUGGAGGGCCGGCGUGCAUAAAGUACCAGGACAUAUUCCUGGAGCCGAUGCUGGCGGGGCUGCGCUCGGGCGAGGCGGAGGUGCGGCAGGCGGCGGCGUACGGCUGCGGCGUGCUGGCGCAGUUCGGCGGCGCGCAGUUCGCCGCCGCGUGCGCGCGCGCCGUGCCGCUGCUCGCCGCGCUCGUCGCCGAGCCCGACGCGCGCUCCGUCGAGAACCUCAACGCCACCGAGAACGCUAUCUCCGCCGUCGCCAAGAUUAUCAAGUACAACCACGACCAGAUCGACAGGGAUGAAAUCAUCAGGCAUUGGCUGACAUGGUUGCCCGUAACGGAGGAUACGGAGGAGGCGCCCUACGUGUACUCGCUGCUGUGCGAGCUGGCGGCCAGCGGCCACGCGGCGCUGUCCUCACCCGACGCGCCGCAGCGAGUUCUCGCCACGCUCGCCGAGGCCUUCCUCAGGGACGCGGUGCCUUCUGACAACCCCGUCUACGCGCAGAUGGUGGCCCUCGUUAGGCAAAUACAGACCAACGCUGAACUAUUCAAUUCGGUUCUAAUGCAGUUGAGCAACGAACACAAGGAGGCGCUGCAGCUAGCUCUGACGACAUAG